AUGACUACUAACAGUAAGGAUUUGACAUAUAUUGAUUUUAACCAUGGAUGGAAAUGCUACUAUCAACGAUCGAAUGAUAGUACGAUUGCAUCAGCAAGCAAUCCUGAUCAAUGUUGGUCUCCUAUUGAUUUACCGCAUGUGACAAAAGUGAAUGCAGAUGUGGGCCAAUGGUGGUACAUGAAACAGUUUGAAUGGUCUGCGAUAGAUCAAGAAUCACAACAAGAAAUUUACAUCAGGUUCAAAACAUCCGACACCAAAUCUGACGUUACUGCGACGAUCUGGAUGAAUAAUAAACAAGUCUAUUCGGGUUCAUUGUCUUCAUUGAAGAAACCAGUCGAAAUAUCUCCAAAAUUCCUACAUAAAGAUAAUAAACAUGACAAUAUAUUGUUAAUCCGUUGUUUUGACAAUGCAAGCCUUACUUUUCAAGUUUCUCUUCUGAUUCAUGCCAAACUCAUUUGUGCAACUGGACAAGUAAUGACUGAUGAACAGAUGGACAAUUCAGAGCAUAGAUCAAUGAAUAUUCUGGAUUAUACGGUUAGCCUCGAUAACAAUGAUGGACGCAUUGAUCUGGUUUUUAAUCCAGAACUAAAAUCGAAAUCAACAUCAAAGUCGUUAAUCCAACAAAAUGAGAUCAUGGUACCGCAUAAUAGAACAACAAAUGAAACCACGGAUGAAGAUAUUCUUGUUCCUCGUCUGGCAAUUGUGAUACUCAUUGUUGGUACUCGAGGUGAUGUUCAGCCAUUUAUCGCUCUUGGACAAGCACUGCACCAAGUAGGACAUCGUGUUCGCAUAGCUACGCAUGAAACAUUUCGCUCAUUUGUUCGUGGUAACGGACUAGAAUUCUAUCCAUUGGCUGGUGAUCCAGCCGAUCUAAUGGCAUUCAUGGUGAAAAAUGCUGGUAUUAUUCCUUCGAUGAGUUGUAUUCUCGAAGGUGAUCUUGUGAAAAAACGUCGUUGUCUUGCUGAUAUUCUUGCUUCAACUUGGCUCGCAUGUAUAGCAGAUGAUGAUGAAACGAAAGCACCUUUCACUGCGGAAGCGAUCAUUGCCAAUCCACCGUCGUUUGGUCAUGUACACUGUGCGGAAAAACUACAAAUUCCUCUACAUAUCAUGUUCACAAUGCCUUGGACACCAACAACACAAUUUCCUCAUCCAUUAGCAAAUAUCGCAAGUUCUAUUGGACUGAAAGAAACGAUUAAUCUAUACUCAUACGAUGUGAUUGAAAUGCUAACAUGGACAGGUAUGCGCGACAUAGUCAAUAGUUUUCGGAAGAAAACCUUAGGACUUCGAGAAUUACAUGUACGGCAAGCGAUCAAUGUGUUGAUCGAUGAAAGUGUACCACAUACAUACUGUUGGUCACCAUCACUUGUUGCUAAGCCAAAAGACUGGGGCGCACAUAUUGAUGUUUCCGGAUUUUUCUUCCUUAAUCUUGGUUCUUCUUAUACAAAUCCUCCUGAUGAUCUUCUGAGAUUUUUGGGUAUCAACCAUGAUGGAACCUGUAUAGGUGACUCGAUAGUUCCGCCGAUUUACGUAGGUUUCGGUUCAAUUACCGGUCAUGAUUCUCGUCGUAUUUUAAAAGUUGUUAUCGAUGCUGCCGAACAAACAGAAUGUCGAGUCCUAUUGUCAGGUCUAGCAGUAGAUACCGAUCGAUUACCGCCCGACAUAUUUCGCAUUGGAAAUGUACCGCAUGAUUGGCUCUUUCAAUAUGUAUGUGCUGUUUGCCAUCAUGGUGGAGCAGGCACUACAGCUGCUGGCCUACGUGCUGGUAAACCAACAAUAAUCAUACCAUUUUUUGGUGAUCAGUUCUUUUGGGGUAAUGUAAUCGAGAAGAGCGGUGCUGGACCACAAGCACUUCCAGGAAAAUCAAUUACUAGUUCUCAACUAGCUGCAGCAUUCCGUUUUGUUCAAAAACCAUCGACACGCGCUGCUGCAGAACGAGUUCGGGAUGGUAUUCUGAAAGAAGAUGGAUGUGCAGCAGCUAUCUAUGCAUUUCAUGCUAAUCUGCCUUUGAAACGUUUGCACAGUGAUCUUGAGCCAACGUUCGCGGCUUGUUAUUAUCUGGAUAACUAUAAUAUGCAGAUUUCUCGACCAGUAGCUCAGGUACUUGUCGCUGCUGGCGUUGUGCAAGAAUAUGAGCUCCGUCAUCAUAUCACGCGCGAAUGGCGAUUUGAACACGAUAAUCGUGUACAUUUAGUCACUCAUGGGAUUGUUGAGCAUUCUGAAAAAGCGAUUUCAAGUAUGUUUAUUGAUACUGCCGAAGAUUUAAAACGUGCUGUGAACAAUGAUGAUCCAGUGAAAGGAACAUUAGAAGGAGUUGGAACUGUAGCGAAAGGUGUUGGCCUCGGUCUAGGCCAUCUAACAAUCGGAUGUUUAUCGUUAUACGGUGAAAUGACAGAUGCACUCGAUGUGAUUACAUCACUUUAUGAUCCCUACAGCAAUCCGAAAGCACGCGAACGGCCACGCGUAACAGAUUUCAAAUCAGGUGCCAAAGCGGCCGGUUUAGCUUUAUACAAUGGUUGGAAAGAUGGAAUAACUGGUAUUGUCAAGCAACCACGUGCUGGUUAUCAACGUCAUGGAGCAUUGGGUACUGCAGCUGGCUCGUUGAUUGCGACAGUCAAUGUAGCUCUGAAACCAACAGUCGGAACUCUUUCAUCCAUUACUUGGCUAAGUCGAGGUACUUAUGCCAGCGUUAGAAAGACAAUAGAAACGUAUCGGAAUGAAGGACGACAGAUUUCAUCGAAACUGUUUGAUGCAUCAUCUACGAAUGGUGAACAGACAAUGCAUGACGAUGCUGGCGCAUCAUAUUCAGCAACGGUGAAGACAGCAUCAGCACGUUCGGGUUUUCAUCCAAAAGUAUGCCAGCAUAUUCUUGAUGAAUUCGAACGAGUCAAAAGAGAACAAGAGCAAGAAGCUAGUGUAAAAACUGGCAAAAAACAUCGGCUAUCCGACUUUUUUUCGAAAAAGUAG